UUUUUAAUGCAAACAGCCAGUGGAAGAGACCUGAAAAACAAAAUUGUGUGUGAGAGAGAGUUUUUGUUCCAUUUCUGUCAAGUAAAACAUCAAAGAGAUGGCGUUGAACAACGGUCUUAGAUCCGCCUCCAAGCUAUUCACUGCUUCCGAAUCUCUUCUAUCCAAGUCAGUGAAUAGAGGUAUCCACUCAACAGGGGUGAAGAGGAUGGGAGGAGGUCAUGCACAUGGCCAUGAUGAACCAUACUAUCUUCAUGCGAAGCACAUGUACAAUUUGGACCGGAUGAAGUAUCAGAAAAUCAAAAUGCCUCUUGCUGUGUUCACUGCCUUCAGCAUUGGAAUAAUUGUACCUGUCUAUGCUGUCAUUUUCCAGCAGAAAAAGACCGCUUCUGGCUAGGUCAUUAUUCAGAGCUUCUUUCGCCAUAACUGGAACAAGUUUGUAGCACCUGUGUUGUGGAUUGUUGAAAUGGGUUCAAUAUGAUAGUUUUCCUUUUUGCUUUUUUUUUUGUUCACUGUUCAAUUUGCUUUUCACUGUUUAUUUUUGGAAAUAAACAUUCAAUACUGCAUCUUAAUAAUAUCCUCCUGUAGGG